AUGCAGCUGGUCAUAUCAUGUGCGUGCUUUAUCUCUUCUCUAGCUAUAAUAAGUGCGAAAUUUAACUCUGAAUCAAAAUACGAAGAGAAACAAUAUGUUAGGUAAGUAGUUAACGGUGUGUCAGCGCGAACAUACGAAAAUAGUUUUAAUUUCUCGCCGAGAAACUCUAUUUGACUGAGUAUCGAGCGAGCCCAGGUUUAAACGUCUUGUUUAAAAUUAAUUUUUCUCAGUUUCGAGUGGUGGGUAUUCUGCGCAUUGAGUUUCUCCAUGAUCAUCAACACGGUUACUGCGAUGUAUGCACUUUCUGAGCAUAACAGGAUGCUCUUGGUUCCUCAUAUAGUAGUUCUGGUAGGCUGUAAGCAUGAUUAAUGUAAUCAGAACGUAUAGAUUCUCUGUAAUACACUGGCUUGUUAUGUACUGCAUUACACUGUUUUAAAUUUUGAUGCAACUGAUUUCAAUUGGCACAUAGGAUUGCUAACCAUUAUAUUCACAGGUCGCCUAAAUCUCAGACAAUAUUUUAAAUUGAAAAUUUAAGAAAGUUUUUUAUUUUCCUGCCUAGUCUUCGAAGUUCGUACAAUGCGGUCGAUGAGUUGA